GGCCUGUGGUUUCUAAGCAUCUACUUUUUACUACGUUCAUUUUUUGACUCAAAGCGAAAAUGGGAAUUCACCCUUUUCUCUUUUUUUCCUGUCCAAUGUGCAGAUGGGGCAUAUUUUAAUUCACUCCAUCAAUCCCUGCCCCCCUACGCACAAACUCACCUAGCCAAUGGAAAAGAAAAAAGGGUUACUCAUUAAUCCAUUCUUCAAAGCUUUCCAAACUGAAAUGGGUGGGUUUUACAUCUGCAUCAAAGACCAAUAUAUAGGUAGGUAUGUGGCAUACCUGAACACAGCUCAAACUGAAGUGUUCAUCUUGGAUAGCUCCUAACACAACAAAACUCAUCAGUAUGGAGAGGAUGAUUAUUUUCUGCAUGCUCUUCUUCUGUUCCAGUAUGGUGCUGACUGCAGCUCCACCAAAAGCAAUGAAAUACAAACAACUUGCAAAGACAAUUGACCAACUAAAAGAUGUAGUGAAAGAUAAGGAUGUUGAAUUGCUGCAUACACCAGAAAACCCUGAGGAUGGAUGCCUGUUCACAGCUGUGACCUGCUUCCAGGAUGGCAUACUGAAAUUACAGCCAAAAAACAGCCAAGUAAAUGUUACAUUCACCAAAACUGUGAAGAUCUUGAGAAGAACCAUUUUGCCAGACUCUGGAGAGCAUUGUGAGUCUUCAUGUCAAUCUUACGAGAGAAAAAAACCCCAAGAGUUUCUGAACAGCUUUUCAAAAGUGAUGCAAAAGGUAAUCAAUUAGAUUUGGAUCUUCCUGUCUGGUUUCUGACAUUCUGUAAAUAAGCACUGAUACCUGUAUUUUCUGUUAUUCCUAACACUGCAUUUUUUUCACAGUUAUUCAAGAACUGUGGAUACACCAGAGCUGAAGGCUACUGAAAAUCUACUAUUUAAAGCAGACACUAUUAUCUUAUUUAAGACAAUGUGAAAAAUGUAAAUAUUUCUCAUUGCUACUUUGCUGUGCUGUGUGUGUGGUAAGUGAAAGCUUCUCCCCAAAAUAUUAAGGAGGCUUAUUAGAAUGGCUAAGCAUAAGAAUGAUGCUGAUUUGAAAGUAAUCCUAGCUUCAUCUCACAGUGAAAUUCCAAUUGUAAUUUCAGAAAACAAGGCCCACUUGUGGGACUUUACUAUCACCUUAUGCUGAACUAGAAAUGCAUGAGAUGGCUGCUAGUCUUUUUUUGCAUUCAUCUCAAAUGAAUCUUAUACAUAAAUGUCUGAAACAUUUUAAAGAAAACAGACAAAAAGUUACCAGUUACUCAGGUUUCUACUUGGACUGAUUUCCUUAUCUACAACAAUAAUACCACACACACAAUUUUAUUUAUAAGUUUUUAGAUUGUAUCUUAGCUCACUAUGAAAAAAAAUAUCCUGCAUGUAAGUAUCACAGAAGGAGUGGAAAAACAUUUACAGAUCAUACUGUAUGGUAUGGGUCUGACAUGUUUCCAUGUUGAAGUUAACCAGGCAUUUGCCCCUGGUUUCAACAGGGAAAGGGUUAACUCAAAUGCUUUAAGUGGAGAUGUAGAAUUCUUGUAGAAUUCUCUGGGGAAAAAACUUCUCCCAGGACACAGAAUUCCACUUUGACUUCUUCAAGCUACCAUAAAUUCAUGGUUGAUAUGACUGGCCACUGCAAGAGAUCCAGCAAAUACAGUAACUGAUGAUUAUUCAGAGUGAAGCUUCUCAAAAGCAUAUUUCCUUUCUCAGAAUAUUUUACUCUUAUAUUCAUGUACCAUAACACUAUUUCUUCUGUUCACUCUUGAUUCACCAGAACGCUUUAAAUAGCAUUUUUUUUCUUUAAAACCUGUCAAGUUUUUGUUUGUGGAAACUUCACUGUAGAGCUUCUGCACCUUGUACAUUUCUGUGAAACUUUGGCCAGAGAUAGCACUGGCUUUUUAUUUUUAUUUUUUAAUAAAAGUAAGUAUCACAUCACUUAGAACUAGUUUUUAGCAACUUAAUUAUGUACAACAAUAUUCUGUUUGCCAUGACUCUGUACCUUGAGACUUCCAUCUGAGAAGCAGCUGUUAAUUUACCCUCUAAAGAGAUAUUGGACCCAUGAAACACUGCUCUUGGAAGGGAGUGUAAAGGCUGCCAGUAAAGAUUAACCUUCCAUCUGACUUUCUCUUUACUUAGUAGAAAUACAGUAUGAAAAGGAAACUGGAAUGGAAAAUGAUAACUUAGUUAUCUCCAGAAAUAUUGAGAGGCACUAUUAAAAAUAUUUCCUUUCUUAUAAUUGUCAGCCUAUAGAAAAACUAACAGAAAAAGCUUUUUUUUUUUUCUUUGCCUCCACAAUUUUACUGUCCUGAAAUGUAAACUUCUUCAAAACAUACAUAUGUUAAGAGGAGGAAGGAAGAUCCUCAGGGCAACAGUGAACAAAGUUUCCACAGUGAGUUCUCUUUUGCCUUCCAUCUCCUUGUUUCUGGCUGAUGACAAUUUUGCUUCAGAUUGUGUUUCUUUUAUCCUUUGCUUUUAUUUGUUUGAAAAACUUUUUCCUCUAAGUAAUGUCCCACUAUAUCUCAGUGUUUCUGCAUUUCUGAACGAAAAUUGACAUUCUAAAAAUGAACUGCCUCUUGUAUGUUUUUUUUUUUUUACUCAUAGAUCUCUUUUCCAGUAAUUCAGUAUGUGCAUUCAAAUCAGUAUUUUACAAAACCCUGUUACAAUUACUGUUGCAGAGGUGAAAUGUGAUUAGCAUGCUUUGUUUAAGAGAACACUGUACAUUAUAUAUUUACUAGUAGCCAUUAUAAAAGAUUGAAAAGCAGCUUUUAACUGCUUUAACUUUUUUUUUUUUUUUAACUUAAGAUGGA